AUGGGGCUUUAUUGUAUCGCAUCGUUGCUUUUAGCCGUUUAUCCGGAGCGAGCGUACGAAACACGCAGUUCUCUCAUAGGAGAGCUCAAGGACGCGAUUCUCGUAGGCACCCGAGCGGCCAGGGCGGAGAGCGGAUUCGGCUACGAAACCAGGCAGCCAGAAAGUGGAGCACCUUCGGCUAAGAACCACGUGGUUCGUCAUCUUCGUGCGUUUCCGUCGCGAAUCUCUCCCAGCGGCGCCACUGCGUUAGCUUUUCCGGUCGGCAGUGGACGACGAAUUACCACAACUGAUACGUCACAAAUGUCGUCCGCACACCCUGCCAACGCGUCGGAACCAGAACUCUCAGAACCCAGCGCCAAUCUGCCACCGACUUCGUCGCGCUCCCACAAGGAAGCACCAACAAGUGAGUGGCAACCCAAAGAGGAACACAAUCAGGCUCAUGCUCUCAGCGGGACUGACACAGCGAAAAUUGGCAGGUCCAAAUCCACGGCCAAAACCGCCUCGUCGCCAUCUGUCCGCUCCUGGUGCACUGCUUCAGACACCUGCAGCUCCGGGUCCCUGCGGUCCUCUUCGUACCACCCUGCGUACUCAAAGUGCUCCCGGGAGACCGCCAAAGAAUCAAGCUCAACUUCCCCUGUUCGUGCGCCCGCAUAG